UAAUCAGCCAGUUGGAAGCAGAAAAGUGAAUUGCAUUUGCUUUAGAAGCAAUGGAACGUUGGGUGAAUCGAGUUGCUGUAGUCACAGGUGCCAGUUCUGGGAUUGGCGCUGCUGUUGUCAAAUAUCUUGCGAAUAACGGAUUGGUUACCGUCGGCCUAGCACGACGCAAGGAGCGUGUCGAAGCACUGCGCGAUGAAGUUAACUCUGAGGCACGUAAACGCAUUCACGCCAUUCAGUGUGAUGUGCAAAGUGAGGAGCAAGUAAAAGCCGUUUUCAAGCAGAUCGAGAAAACAAUUGGGCCAGUUGCUGUGUUGGUCAAUAACGCGGGCGUCCUACGAUCCACCACAUUACUGGAAGAAGGCAACUCACAAGAUGUACGAGAUGUCGUCGAGACAAAUAUUAUGGGUGUGGUUUACUGUACACGAGAGGCCUUUCGCUCGAUGAAGGCAAAUGGUGGAGAUGGGCAUAUUUUCUUGAUUAAUAGCAUACUUGGUCAUGUGGUUCCAUUAGUACCGAACGCUACCUUAAAUAUUUAUCCGCCUUCAAAAUAUGCAAUCACCGCAAUGACAGAAGUUUAUCGUCAAGAGCUUUUAAAUCAAAAAACAAAUAUAAAAAUUACUAGCAUCAGUCCUGGUGCUGUGGACACUGAUAUGCUGAACCAUGGCAUACAUGCAGUGAUGCCAGAUUUGCCAUGCCUUAAGUCGGACGACAUUGCAGAUGCAUUGGUUUAUUGCCUCCAAACGCCGCCACAUGUGCAAAUCCAUGAACUGAUCAUCAAACCUGUUGGUGAAAAGGCAUGAAUAGCUCAUAUACACAUGCAUAUGUACGUUUGUACGUUUACUUGAAUCUAACAUAACAGCACUCUGUUGGUGCUUAAUAAAAAUCAUGAAUAAAUUUGACAACUUUGAAAUUAAA